CCGCCACCUUGGUCCUAGAACACCAUUGGCAAUCCCCAUCCAUUGCGGGGUGCAUGCCCUGCUCCAUCAUCGUGGCCUCUCCACAGGGACGUGCGCGGAUAAGACCUGGAGACCUGGAGAGUCUGGGCAUUAUCUGGGGUUUCGCCUGCACGCCGCCGCAUAUCGUCGCAAGAGACUAGCUUCCCCACGAGGGCGAGAUUCCGGGGCAACAAUUAGCCCUGCUCAACUAUUAGAGUCCGGGCUCGGAGACGAAGAAUCUUCAGAAUCCCAGCUUCCCAUAAAGCCUCCACAUCCUUCCUUUCUUGUAAGAUCGGCAGAUCUUCAGGACUCUCCUGCCUCAUACAUCCCAUCAACGACCGGACAGGAAGACUGCAUCUCUCAUCAUGGGCCUCCUCACUCUUGUCGAAGACAGGCCUACGCCUAAGGAGGUGUACAACUGGCGCGUGUACGCUGCCGCAUCAGUUGCAUCCUUCGCAUCUUGCAUGAUCGGUUAUGACUCCGCUUUCAUUGGAACCACAUUGGCGCUGCCAUCCUUCGUUUCGGAGUUCAGACUCAAAGCACCAGAGCAGAUCUCGGCUUCUCAGCUUGCGCUUGAGAAGGCGAACAUCGUUUCCGUCUACCAGGCUGGUGCUUUCUUCGGUGCUUUUGGUGCCUAUGUCACCUCUUACUACCUUGGACGCCGAUUGACUCUUCUCAUCUGGACAAUGAUUUUCAUCCUCGGUGCGGGACUCAUGUUAGGCGCGAACGGCGAUCGUGGACUUGGCCUUAUCAUCGGUGGCCGUGUUCUGGCCGGCCUGGGUGUUGGUGCUGCCAGUAACAUGGUUCCGAUCUACAUAUCUGAAAUGUCGCCCCCUGCCGUCCGUGGACGUCUUGUUGGUAUCUACGAGCUGGGAUGGCAGAUUGGUGGUCUUGUUGGCUUCUGGAUCAACUACGGUCUCGUUGAGACCAUGGGUCCCUCUACCCGCCAGUGGAUGAUUCCUUUCGCGGUUCAGCUUAUUCCCGCUGGUCUGCUUCUCACCGGUACUCUCUGGUUGAGGGAAUCUCCUCGCUGGCAGUUUGCCCGCGGUGACCGCGAGAAGGCCGUUAAGGAUCUGUGCUGGAUGCGUAACCUUGAGCCCACCCACCCUUACAUGGUUGAGGAGAUUGCCGCUAUCGACGCUGAGAUCGAGCACGACCGUCUCGUUGUUGGUCCUGGUUUCUGGGCUCCCUUCAAGGCUGUCAAGCAGCGCAAGGUCCAAUACCGUCUCUUCCUCGGUGGCAUGCUCUUCCUCUGGCAGAACGGAUCCGGAAUCAACGCGAUCAACUACUACUCGCCCACCGUCUUCAAGUCCAUCGGUAUCACCGGUACCAACACUGGCUUCUUCACUACUGGUCUCUUCGGUGUUGUCAAGACUGUCGUCACCGUUGUCUGGCUCAUGUACCUGAUUGAUCAUCUCGGCCGCACCAAGCUUCUCAUGAUCGGCGCUGCUGGCGGCUCAGUCUGCAUGUGGAUCAUUGGCGCAUACAUCAAGCUCCACGGAACCUCGACUUCUGGCAGUGACAAGCUUCCCCCCGGCGGCAUCGCAGCUAUCUUCUUCUUCUACCUUUGGACCGUCUUCUACACCCCAUCCUGGAACGGAACACCCUGGGUCGUCAACUCAGAGAUGUUCUCCCAGCAAACCCGCUCGCUCGGUCAGGCCUCCGCCGCAGCCAACAAUUGGUUCUGGAACUUCAUUAUUUCGCGCUUCACACCUCAGAUGUUCUUGACCAUGAGCUACGGAGUCUACUUCUUCUUCGCCAGCUUAAUGAUCCUGUCCGUUCCUUUUGUCUACUUCCUUAUUCCUGAGACCAAGGGUAUUCCUCUUGAGCGCAUGGACGAGCUCUUCGAGAUCAAGCCCACUCACAAGGCUUACCCGGUCAUGCUCGAACGUCUCAAGGAGAUGGAGGUUGUCCGCGAUGGUGGCUACUUUGAGGAGAAGACUAAGGAUGCUGAGCGCCACGAGAGCGUCUAAGUGACUACGGAUGUAUGAGUAUGUAUAGAGGAGGAGUUGUGCAUUAUAUCAUGAUAUCACUGUAUUAGCGACAGCAACGAC